AUGACUAGCCUCGCACUGGAACACUGCCUGAUCGAGAAAAAUGGCCUGGCACCGGCUCUGAUUGAUCUACAGCACACUCUCUUGGAUGCCGGGGCCGCUGUGGCCACCCCGCCACGGGCAAGUGAAGAAGCAAUCGCUCGCGUUGCCUUCGAUCUCGACCACAGCCGGACCAAGCUUCUGGAGGAUGCCAUUGACGAGCUUGACACCCAGCUCCCGCCACUUCGGCAAUUUGUCCUGCCCUGCGGUAGUCUCGCGGCCGCCUCGCUGCAUGUCGCUCGAAGCACUGCGCGCCGUGUCGAGCGCAGGCUGGUGACAGUUCUCCUGCCCCCCGAAGAUUCUGGCCUGGAUCCCGAGCACCUCAUCGCGACCGCGGUGACCCCUGGUCUCCUUCCUUUCUUCAAUCGGCUCUCGGACUACCUAUUUGUGGCAGGGCGCUUUGCCUCGCACCAUGCCGGAGCUCCGGAGCGAUCUCACGCCUUCCAAAAGGAGACUGACUACCAGCGCUCAGAGCCUCUCUUCUCUCGCACUUCACCGGAAUAA